GACGCCCUUGGAGAACGGCUGCUGACGCCUCUCCACCUGGCACCCCACCGCAAGCAAUGGACCGAGGUGCUGAAUGAACAGCUUGCCUCCGUUCCAGUGCUGGACGCGGUGGGCCUCAUUCCAUGGCCAGGUAUUCGCUCUGCCAUCCGAUGGCUCGAGGGCAACUUUUCCGACGUGAUUCUGCCUGCCUUCCAAGAAGCCAGCGCCCAGCAACGCUUCGUUGAACACGACGAAGGUCUUCACGUGACGGGCUACUGGGAGACUGCGCACAUCGCGCGGCCAAAGUGCAAGGCGGAUCUGUAUCCCAAGUUCUGCAAGCUGCUAAAGGCCAUCUACAGGGCCCUGCCAGUGCGGCAUGGCAUCCAGGAGGUGCGCUUUGCGCGAAUGCAUCCCGACACCAGGGUGGCCGAGCACACGGCCAGCACGAAUCAGCGCGUGAAGAUCCACUGUGGAGUGGAAAACCCUAGCGACAUCGGCAUGUCCAUUGCGGAUGGUCACGUCACCUGGAAAGAAGGUAGGUGCUACUACAUCGAUGACAGCUACUCGCACCACAUCCUUGCUGGACCGAACGACUUGCCGAGGACCAUUCUCGAGCUAAAGGUCGUUCACCCCGACCUCGCGUGGGCAGACUAUCUGGACGAGGAGACUGGGGACCGGGUCAAGAACCCAUAUCGAUUGAGAAAGCGCGCAGAGCUGUGA